UCACAAAAGUAGGAGGCAGUGUGACCGAAGAAACGUACAAAGCCUCCACUACAAGAAAAAGCUUUGAAUCUCUUUUUAUCUGUCUCUCACGUCAAAGGAGAUUUGACAAAACCCUAAUUUAACCCAAGUUCCAAAAUUUGAUUUUCACCGGCGAAAGGACCAAAAACAGAUUGACAAUUUUAAGGUGAAAUUCUAUUGAAUUUCCUGCAUAGGAUUAGGAUUUGGUCUGGAUUAUUUAUUUUAGAGAUAAAGAAGCAGACGGGUUGAACAAUGUCUGCAAUAGUUUGUGGAAAGAGAUCGUUUUUUGACGACUUGCAAUCGCCGUCGCCGACCGCUUCCUCACCGCCGGCAGCCAAGAAGCAUCGGUGCAUCUCCUCUGCCUCCCCUGUUCGUUUUUUGCACUCACCGCCACAGCAGCCGCCGCUUAUUGAUCGCCUCAUGGCUGCCUUUCCUGAUAUGGAAAAGGAGCUUCUUGAGAAAGCAUUGGAAGAAUUUGGUCAUGACUUGGAUUCUGCUAUUAAAAGCUUGAAUAAGCUUCGUCUUGGAUAUGUGGAGGGAGAGCUGCAUUCUGUGGUGGAAGCACAUGCACGUGGGAAGAAUGGUAUUAGCUCCUCUGAUGAAGGGGUGUCUGUGGCUCCAGAAGAUGCUUCUACCCAAAGCAACAUUCCAGUUGAUGGAGCAGAAUGGGUGGAAUUGUUUGUUAGGGAAAUGAUGAGUGCUACAAGCAUAGAUGAUGCUAGAUCUCGUGCCUCAAGAGUCUUGGAGAGUUUAGAGAGAUCAAUUAGUGCACGUGUUGGUGCUGAAGCAGCUGAAAGUUUUACCAAGGAGAACACGAUGCUGAAGGAGCAAAUUGAGGUGUUUCUUAGAGAAAAUUCCAUACUCAAGCGAGCUGUUGCUAUCCAGCAUGAGCGUCAGAAGGAGUAUGAUGAUAGGAACCAAGAAGUGCAGCAGUUGAAGCAGUUGGUGGCUCAGUAUCAACAGCAGUUGAGAACUCUUGAGGUGAAUAAUUAUGCCUUGACAAUGCAUCUGCGGCAGGCUCAGCAAGGCAACUCCAUCCCUGGACGUUUCCAUCCAGAUGUCUUUUAAUGAGGAUGUGGAAGUUGUCAACAUAGAGCCGCUAAGCUUAUUUGUUUGCCAUAAAGGGUGUUCCUAGAAGUUGUAAUGUGGUUUUAAGUUAUAGCAGAUUAAAGGCCGGAUGCGAAGUUUAUGCCUAGGGGCCAAAGUGUUAUGUUAAUGUUUGCCCUCUUGUUUGGAUGUUGUUUACAACUUAAAACAAGGACAGCUGGUUUCGUUUGCUUUGCUUUUAAGAAGCCAACACUGAAGUUGGUGUGUUGAACCAUGGCUUCUUUAGAGUUCAGAAA